GUCUUUUUCUUCGGAUGUCUCCUCCUUCCCCUCGCUCUCGCUCUCGCUCUCCACCAAACCCUAAACCCUCGAGCUCUCAAUUCUCAUACGCUCCACCUCCUAAAAGCCCUUCCUCUCUCUCUCUCUCUUUCUCCUCGUCUCUCCUCCAAACUCUUACACUAGAUCGGUAGCGGCGGAGCUCGCGGCGUCCCGUGCCCUAAAUCCACUAGCGCAAACAGAGUCCUGAUGAUAAUUGCAUGAAACUAUAGCGAGUAACCUUUCUGGUGAUCAUAUGGAUCUUACGCCUUUCAAGCUGGAUAUUGAUGAGCUGCUUGAUGAAUUCUGUGAGGAAAAGUGCACUACGUUGGCGGAUAUGAAGAGAGUAUGGCUGGCAAAAAAAUUUUCCUACAUUUAUGAAGCUAAACCUACUUCCAACUCAGCCUUUUUCAUGCAAUCCCUCUAUGCACAUUCGAUCGGUUAUAUGGCUUCUUUCGGUGCUUUAUCACAGAGAUUGGGUGGGCUCUAUUGCCUCUACUGUCUUUAUGAGACUCAACCGUGCAAGCCUUGUUUCAAGAUUUAUUUGUCUCUCGGGGAAUUGAAGAGGCUCAAAGAACUGGUUAUUGAUGCGAAGGAAAAUGGCAUCGGUGUUGUGCCCGCUGUUGUCAAAAGGAUGCUUGAGAAAACUAUGUUUCUAUUUGGCUUUGUUGAUAUACUUGGUUGCUCUGUGACUCAAAGGGUUGAGGAAAUAGCCAAAUUACAGAAUAAGCGUGCACGGAUUGCAUUUGACAGAUUGUUUGCAAAUUCUCAGAUCGAGAGUUAUCUGAACAUGGACCUUGGAGCAGAAUUAGAACUCAAAACACUCAAGAAAAUGUCAACAGAAUAUGCAAGAGCGAAGGAGUUGGCUAUGAAAGAGGCUAGCCCAGCAGCGGAGGUCGAGGAUGUUCUACAUAUUAAUGAAAACGAGAAAACGGCUUGUGACACAGUGGAGAGUAUUGUGGAACAAUGGGAGGCCCAGAAGGAUGAUUUCUACAAACAAACAGGAAUCAGCCGUCACAACGAAAUAGUACCAGCCGAUGCGUUUAAUGAGAUUGAGCAGCUCCUAGAAGAAUGAAAGAGUAUUUAGCAAUUCAUUGAUUUUCCUUUUCAAUCUGAGAUGAGCUAUCACAUUCUUAGUUCGGCGAACUGUACUAUAUCUUACCCCAUAUGAACUUGUCAGAUGCUCGACGCAUUCAACAGAGCUCCUACAUCUGUUGAGCAUCGGUGAGGUCUGACUCUCUUCUCUUUUGUACUGGUUCAUCUAAGGGAGUAUCUGUAAUGCCGGAGCGGAAAUUCGGUUGCUGUUU